CCACUCUGCUUCUCUAGACGAGGCCGCGACCGAGGCGAGAAUGGAAGGCGAUGGUGGCGACGCCCCGGAGGAGCCGGUGGUGAUCCGCUCCCGCGCCCACCGCGACACCAUCGUGGCCGGGCUGGAGGAGCAGCGGCGGCGGGGCUUCCUGUGCGACGUGACGCUGCUGGUGGAGGACGUGCCCUUCCGGGCCCACAAGGCGCUGCUGGCCGCCAGCAGCGACUACUUCGCGGCCCUGUUCGCCGCCGAGGGCGAGGCGGCCCGGCCCGUCUACGCGCUGGAGGGCCCCCCGGCCGACGCCUUCGGCCUCCUCCUGGACUUCGUCUACACGGGCUGCCUCCGGGCCAGCCGGCCGCGGGGCCGCCACGUCCUGGCCGCCGCCCGGCUGCUGCAGGUCAAGGACCUGGCCGAGGCCUACGCGGCCCGGCCCGGCGGGCCCGGCGGCAAGCGGGGGCGGCCGAGGAAGGGGCCGCCGGGGGACGCCGGGCCCGGCCGGGCCCAGCCGGACCGGGAGGCCCGCGGCCCCGGCCGGAGGAGGACGCGCCGCUCCGUCCGGCUCAGGGACUAUAAGCUCGACGGCGACGGCGACGGCGACGACGCCGCGGCGGGAAGGCGGCGUGGCGGCGGCGCCCGCUGCGAGGACUGCGGCCGCGUGUUCAAGUACCGUCACUUCCUGGCCGUCCACCGCCGGAGUCACACGGGGGAGCGGCCGUUCCAGUGCGGCGAGUGCGGCAAGGGCUUCUCCCAGAAGCAUUCCCUCCUGGUGCACACGCGGAUGCACACCGGGGAGCGGCCGUACGCCUGCACCGUCUGCGGCAAGGCGCUCACCACCAAGCACUCGCUCGUGGAGCACAUGAGCCUGCACACGGGGCAGAAGUCGUUCACCUGUGAUCAGUGUGGCAAAUAUUACAGCCAGAAGAGGCAAUUAAAGAGUCAUUACCGAGUUCAUACAGGCCGCGCGCUCCCGGAAUGCAACCACUGCCAUCGCAAAUUUAUGGACGCCUCCCAGUUAAAGAAGCACCUAAGGACGCAUACGGGCGAGAAGCCAUUCACGUGCGAAAUCUGCGGCAAAUCUUUCACGGCCAAAAGUUCCCUCCAGACGCACAUCAGAAUCCACCGAGGGGAAAAGCCGUACUCGUGCGGAAUCUGCGGGAAGUCCUUCUCCGAUUCCAGCGCCAAGAGACGCCACUGUAUCUUGCACACCGGCAAGAAGCCCUUCUCCUGCCCGGAAUGCCACGUGCAGUUCUCCCGGCCGGACAACCUGAAGGCCCACCGCAAGAUCCACGGGAAAGAGCGGCGUCUCCCGGAGGGCGGCGGGGAUCCCGACGAGGCGCGGAACGGGCUCCAGCUCCAGGAAUACCAACUGGCCGCCGCCGAGCCGGAGAUCCAACUCCUGGUGACGGACUUCGCGCCGGGUCCCGGGCCGGGAAUGGGCCUCGUCGCCGCGGAUCCCGGCGCGGAUCCCGGCGCGGAGCAGCUGCGGACUCUGAUCCUCUCGGCCCGGCCGGAGAGCGCCCAGCCCGGGCCGCUCCACGUCAUCGCGGUAGCCGGAGGAGACCUCGGUUUACCCCCGGAGCCGACCCGGGAGCCGUGUCGGCCCGACGCGGCGACGCUCCAGGCCAUCCACCUUACCGGGGAGCCGGACGCCGCCCGGCCGUAGACCGGCUGGCCGCCCCGACGGUCCGGUCCGCCGGCCGGCCGACUUGGAGAAGCGGCUCGGCGGAAGGAGCCCGGGCUCGGGAGUCGGAGGUCGCGGGUUCAAAUCCCGCCUCGGCCCCGGGACUUGGGGCGGGUCGCUUCCCCGGGCCUCGGCGACCUCAUCCGGACGACGGGGAUUAAGCCGGGAGCCCCACGCGGGACAGCCCUAGUAAGCGCUUCUAAAACGCCCUCAUCAUCCGCUUUUCCGAAGGGGGAACGCUUCCCGUCCCGGACGCGCGGAGGGCUUCCCGGGAAGGGGAGCACCGCCGAUCGACCGCGGUAACCGAGGAACGCGAUGGCACGGACUUCCGUCGUCAGCGUGCGUUGAAAUUCGCGGGGAUUAUCGUCCGAGAACCGCUCGUCAUCCGCUUUUCCGAAGGGGGAACGCUUCCCGUCCCGGACGCGCGGAGGGCUUCCCGGGAAGGGGAGCACCGCCGAUCGACCGCGGUAACCGAGGAACGCGAUGGCACGGACUU